UGAAAAUGAGUUUGACACCCCCGCCCUAAAGCUAAGACAGUGAUGAAAAGGACCCAGGCUAGGGAAGGAAGCAUGGAUGCCCAAGGGAGAUGGUUUCAGGAGCCCAAAGCCACAGUGACAAAGACAUUAGCAAGGGAAAACGGAAGGUCAGGUCAGAGGAUGGAGGACCCCAUCUUGCCAGAGAAGGCAAAACACCAAUGGAGAAGGGGAUGGCCUUAGGGGUAGGGGUGGGGGUGGGGUAGCUUAAUGGACUGGAACUAUGCAUGCUCUCAGUGAGUCAGGGGAUGGAGUCAGGGUUGGCAGGGGUGGGGGGACCAAAUUGGGUUGUACCAGCACAAAUGCAGAGAUGUUUUAUUCACUCCAGAAAAAUGAUCAUCAGAAAAGAGAAGUUUAAAUUAGACCAACCAUACUAAACAAGAAAGUGCCCCGAAGGCCCUUCACAGAGCAUUUGUAAAUAAGUGACAUCAAGUUAAUAACCUAGCCCACUGCUUGCCUGAAGAUAGAACAAAGCCUUAGUGAUUCUAGAACCAGACAGGGAAGACAUGCCAUCUGGCACUGGCUGUCCCCUCCACUGUGUCCUCCUGAAGACCACUGUGACUCUCCUCAGCAGAAGCCAGUCACCUCUUACCUCCUAGACACCAGGCAAUCUGCAUUAAUGUGCGCUGUACUAUCAAGUUGUUCAUACAUUUGAACAAUUAUGUUGCUUGGUUACGUCUCUAAAUAAAAUACAAACAGGGUCUAGUAUCUCCCAGAGUCACAGUGAUAAAAAGCCUGACUAUAUAUAUAAAAUGCAGAAAAAUAUGGAUCUCACAUUUAAGAUCAUGUGAUCACCUUUAAAGUUCUCUAAUCCAUUAGCUUCUAGGAUAAAGUGUAUUGAUUCUGUACAUUCCUUUAUUCACUUAUUUAUUAACCUAGUAUUUAUUGGGUGUCCAUAUGUGCCAGUCACUCUUCAAGGUACUGGGGAUACAGCACUGAAUCAAAUAGAAAAACAUCCCUCUGUCCUCACUAGUCUUCCACUCACUUUGCUAUGUUUCCUCUUUUUCUUUAAUUAAAUAUGCUUAUUACAUGCCAGGACUUGUGUUAAGUGUGUAUUAUCCAUUAGCUCAUUUGACCCUGAGUGGCACUAGCACUGUCCUUACAUGUUAGAUGAAGUGGGGCCUAUAAAGUUGACACAGCUCCUUUAAAGCCCCUCAGUGAGCAAGUCUUCAGCCUGGGUUUAGAGUAUACUUCUCUGCCAUGGAAGCCUCUGCUUUGCUUUCUUUCGUAACCUCAGGUUUUGCUCAUAUUGUCCAUGUCUAUUCUUAACAAUCUAUCCAUUUUCAUUAUCCAGCUAGCCUUUUGGCAGAUAGUCUCAAAGCUUUUAGACUCUUCCUUCUGCCAAAGCUACAGACCAAGCCCUGGUCCUUAGAAUAAGGAGGAGUGUCAUGGAGGGUGCCACAAGGACCUGAGUUAUUUGGCCUGGCUUCCACUGGGACCUUAUCUGCUGCCACUCUUCCUCAUCUGGCCAUAUAAUUCCCUGCCUGGGGCUGGAGUAAUGGGCGAAUCUGGCUCUCUCUACCAUGGCUCCUGUGGACUCGGCCCUCUCACUGUUCUGCUCACCACAGCCCCUUCCCACCUGUGGUUUGCACUCACCCUUCAGAUGUUAGCUUGGAGACCCCAGAGGGUCCCACCUGAUCCUGUAGGCUGGUUUAGAGUCCUCUGUUAUAUUCUUGAAGCACUAGAAAGCUUCCUUAUCUCAGCUAUUGGCUCCUUGAGAGCUGGACCACAUGUCUUUUGCUCACCUUGUGUCUGAGAGCCCGGCUACCUGAGUGGAUUGCUGAAGAUAUGCCUACCAUCACUUCAAGUUCAACAAAAUGGAAAUUACAUUUUGCUCAGAAGGCAGACAUGUCUAUUUUCCUGUGACCUAAUACCUCACCAAACUCAUCCUCAGUCAGGAUCACAUACUUUCAAAUCAUCUUGCUCCUUCCCUGUCCUUCUCAGUCUCCCCAUGACACAGGUGCAGCAUUGAUGGCCUCUGCUCAUUGUCCUUCUGAGGAAUGUCUUGGCCUACAGCAUUGUCACCUUGGCAAUUUGCUUUGCAACAAUCAGAAUGCCCUGCAGGCUCCCACGCCCAGGACCCUCUCUGAAUGCAGCCAGAUACUUAUUCAAAUGUUCUGAAUGUUAGUGGACCAUAGACCUAUCAUCACACACACACAUCUGUCAGGGCAUCUAUCUUCCCUUCAGCUCAUCUACUAAUUUUUUUUUUUUAAAUCAUGAACUAAUUAACAGGAGGUAGAGACAUUAAGGUUUGGAAAAGAUAUAUUAAGAAAUCAUUAUGUGUGUAGGGAUGAGGAGGACACAAACAGUGGAGGAAGGAGCUCAGCCUGUCUCCAAAUUUACUGGUGGUAAAAACACAAGCAGAGUAAGGCGCAUAGUGAAGGGCUCCAGUUAGAAACGUCCAGUUGACUGGGGACCUGAGUGUUAAUUUACCCUGGUGGCCCAGGGCCUGUGCGUUGUUGCUUAUCACUGGGAAUGGCUCCUCCGGCCUCCUGACCCCAAGCCUGAGAAUAAAAUCCGUCCUCAAGCAGGGCCCCUCCCGAGCGUGCAGACCUGACUGAGAAGAUAGUGCAGGGAGCGAGUGGCAGGGCCCCUCCCAAGCGUGCAGACUGCACUGAGAUGAUAGUGCAGUUACCAGGCGUCAGGACCCCUCCCGAGCGAGCAAGCGGACCAGAGGGAGGUAGCACCAACCGCGGGAGGCCAGCAGCAUGGCCGCGGGGUCGCCUAGGCAGCGGCUGAGCGAGGAGGCGCGGUGCCCGGUGUGCCUGGACUUCUUGCAAGACCCGGUCAGCGUGGACUGCGGCCACAGCUUUUGCGUGCGUUGCAUCUCCGAGUUCUGCGACAGGUCUGACAGAGAGCAGCAAGGCCUCUUUGCCUGCCCUCAGUGCCGCAGUCCCUUCACGCGGGAGGGCUUCCGGCCCAACCGGCAGCUGGCCAGCCUAGUGGACAGCGUGCAGCGGCUGGGGCUGGACGAGGGGCCCUCCUGGGCACAGUGCGCACUGCACGGCCAGGAGCUCAGCCGCUUCUGCGAGGAGGACCAGGCCGCCCUGUGCUGGGUGUGUGACUCUGGCCCUGGGCACCGAGGUCACCACACGACACCGCUGCAGGAGGCCACCCAGCGCCACCAGGCAAAUCUCCAGACGGCCCUAAAACUUGUAAGGAAGGAGAUGGAGGAGGCGUUGAGUCAGGAGACCAACCUUGGGAAGAAAACUGUCAUUUGGAAGGAGAAAGUGGAAACUCAGAGACAGCGCUUCAGACUUGAGUUUGAGAAGUACCGAGGCUUCCUUGGUCAGGAGGAGCGGUUGCAGCUGCGGCAGCUGGAGCAGGAGGAACGCGCCACCCUGCAGAGACUCCGCAACUGCCAGAGACAGCUGGUGCAGCACGGCCAGGUGCUGUCCGAGCUGGCACAGGAACUGAACGACCGCUGCAGUCACCCAGCCCUGGACCUAAUGGAGGGUGUGAGAGGAGUCUUGAGCCGGUAUGUAUACUUUCUGGAGCAGAGGAUGGGUUGGAAGAGGCUGAGGAGGUUGGUGGGUGUUGAGAACUGUGGGUUAUGUGCUCUUCCUAGAAGUAAGAGUGUUACACAGCUGGAACUGGAGACUAUCCCCUUGGAGCUGAAGACAAUGUGUCGCAUCCCUGGGAUGAGAGAAAUGUUGAGAAAAUUCCAAGUUGAUGUGAAGCUGGACCCUGCCACAGCACACCCUAGCCUCCUCUUGACUGCUGAUCUGCACAGUGUGCAAGAUGCAGAGCUGUGGAGGGAUGUCCCCAACAACCCUGAGCGAUUUGACACGUGGCCCUGUGUCCUGGGUUUGCAGAACUUCUCAUCAGGAAGGCAUUACUGGGAAGUCCUGGUGGGAGAAAAAGCAGAGUGGGGUUUAGGAGUCUGUCAAGACACAGUGCCAAGAAAGGGGGAAACCACACCGUCUCCUGAGAACGGAGUCUGGGCCAUGUGGCUGCUGAAAGGCGAUGAGUACAUGGUCCUUGCCUCCCCAUCGGUGCCUCUCAUCCACCUAGAACGGCCUUGUUGCAUUGGGAUUUUCUUGGACUAUGAAGCAGGUGAAAUCUCUUUUUACAACAUCACAAAUGGAUCUUACAUCUAUACAUUCAACCAACUGUUCACUGGUGUUCUCCGACCUUACUUUUUCAUCUGUGACAUGACUCCUCUUGUCUUGCCACCUAUGACAGAAGUAGACUCAGGAAUUUGUGCAUCCAGCUGUCAUCCUGACCCUGCUUCUAAUGCUGCAGAUAACUAUUCCUAACAUUCUGUCCCGAGAUACACUCCAAUCAUAGCAGUUUGCUGGUGUGGAGUGGAGGAUAUACAAUGUCCCCAUUUAGGGCAGUACUUUAGUCAUUGUUGCUAUGGAACUUUUCCCAUAGGGACAAAAGAAAAAUAUGAAAUAUUUGCUCUUGGGGGAGCAUUGUGAAAUACAGUAAUAUUAGAAAUGGAAUAUUCUCAACAGUUUUUAUCCAAGAUGGCUCCACAUGCUUUCUUAUUAAGUGUCUUCAGAUGAAUGGAUCUUGUAUUAAACAUAUCUACACAUUCAUUAUAAUUUCUCAUUCCUUUCAACAUCCUUUCAGUCCAAGUCUUCCAUGUAUUAACAACUAGAAAUGGCAGUUUUUAAACAGAUUGAGAACUCUCCAAUAUUAUUCUAGCAUCAGACUCUUGAUUAUGUUUCUCCUCUUUAUUUUUCUUCUUCUCUCUCAUUCUCUCUCUCUCUCUUCUUUUCCUUUGCCUUUGUGUCUUUUUGUCUCCCUCUCUUCCUCUGUUUCUUGCUUCUUUUUUGUGUGAUACUUGUUUUGUCUUACCUUCCAUUUCCUUCUAGAUUAAUUUAUUGAGAACCGUUCCUUUAUAUAUUUACAAUUGCUAUGACUGUUCAAUUACUUUUAAGUUCUCCAUUCUGGGACUAAUUUUUGAGGAUUAUGAACCCCAUUCGUCUGAAUCUAACAUCACUGAAACCUACACCAUACCCCACUGGGAAUGCAAUUUUUUCCUUUAUCUUUGCAUACAUGUUUUAGGGUAGGGAUUUCUUAGAACUAUGAUUCAACUAGUUUGACCUAGCUCUUUAUUGGUUGUAAGAGCUCAAACAUAUAACUCCCUCACUAUCGGCUAUACCUGGAACAAUGAUAUUGACCUCACAAUGUUAUGGUUUUUAAGGUCAUGAUUGGUAUGAUUGGUUAAAAUUCAACGUUGCUACUUAAUUUGAAUAUAAAGAUGGUGAUGAUGAAGAAACAAUAAUAUUUGACUUAUUUUAAAGUAUAUUCUGUAUGUUCCCAAUAAAAUUCUUGUCAUUGAAAGCUAACUUUGCCACUCUAUUUUUGUGUAUCUGUGUCUAGUAAAUAGUUGCUAACCAAGUGCUAAAUUACUUAAAUGCUUAAAUGCUAAAUGUGUAAAUGCUAAAUAAUGAUUAACUAAUGUAAAUUUGUUUAAUGUUAUGCUAAUAAUUUUGCUAAAACUUUAAUCCUCCUCUAAUUCCACCUGGAAUUUUACAGUGUUUAUCUCUUCCAGGAGAUUUUUUUUUUUUUUUACUAAAAUCUUUUCACUUACUUUCCAAUAACAUUAUUAAUAUUUUUUUCUGGGUUUUGAAACAUUGUUUUCUAGGCAUUUUGUAUUUGGAGGAGCAUUAUGGAGACUAAUAACGUUAGAAAUGGAGCAAGCUCAUCAAACUCCAUUUCUAGAUGGAUCUCUCUUACUUAUUGAUGAAUACUGGAUUAAGCUAAAAUUUCUACAUUCACAUUUAACACACUUAUAUUUGAUUCUAAGCAGACAUUUUCACUCUCCAUCUCUCACUUGCAAAUAUAGAUGAUAGUACCAUACCCUUACAUCUCUCUUGCUAUUUUACAGACCAUGCAUGCCCUAAGGCCUGCCCAUGCAUGAUCUGGUUAGAAAAGAGACACCUGAUCUGGGCCUCAGCCCAUAGCUCUCCAUCAUCAGGGGUUAGCAGCAGAAUGCCCAUGUCAUGGCAAGGUCACUCCUGAGUGACAGGAAUCAUGAUGUAGAACAUACACUCAGAGCAGUACAACACCUUCUUCAUGGAAAUUGGGCAGCACAGAGUCAUCAGCCUGAGAUUCCACUUUCCUGGGGGCUCCAUUCAUCAGGAUGAGGAAGCCUAAUGUGCAGGGACAAAUCCAGCAGCACAGGCCUCCUACCCACUCUAAGGGAGGAACAAGGAUCCCAGAAAUGCCACCUCAACCUUGAAAGCUAGUAUCCUGGUCUCUACCAUCUCCCUUGAAUCCUUGCAUCUAAAUGUGCAUUUUAUCGUAAUAUAUUUGAGUCAUUAAACUAAGUUAAGUCUUUGUUUUUCCUUUGGAUUUGAAGAGCCACAAAGCUUUGUGAAUCUCCUAGUAUGACCAUUCUCCUUCCCACCCAAUCCUAAAAGGUCUCUAAUGUUUUCUCUGGAAUUCUAGUUCACUACCAGUAACAUCCUCUAAAUCCAUAUUGAUUUCUUGACCAUCCUUUUACUUUCUUCUCCAUUGUUUCUCCUGAAUAUCAGACUUCUAUAUUCAACUGUCAACUGCUCAUCAAAAUGCAUGUUUAAGUUGACAUACCUAAAACUUGGCUCUAAACUGUCCUCUAAGCCUUCCUCUAAUGAACACACACACACACACACACACAGAGCCUUCUCUAUCUAAAUGGAUGACAACUAUUCUUUCGAUUGGUCAAGU